CAUUUCCCAUAACUACUUCCUACACAUUACGUCACAUGUUGCCCAGCCCGCACUGGUCCUUCCUUAUGUGGUGCUGUGGAUCCUCCGGAUUGAAGCGGAGCGACCAUGGCAGACACAGAGGACCCGGUUCCAGGCGCGAACACCGAAUCGGACACCCCGCGCACAGCCCGGCCACAGUACGUCUCCUUCAGCGAGACGGUCCAGCCAGCGGUCGGGAUGGUUAGCCAACUACUGAGCCAUCCGUCGUCCCUGAAGUUUGACAAAAACAUCAAACAGGCCUUCUACAACACGGGAGCGAUGAUCUUCGUAGCGAUCUGUUGCGGGGCUGCCGUGUUGGUGUACUUCAUCCUGGAGGCUUUCUUGCGACCGCUGCUGUGGGCGGUGCUGUGCGGUACCUUCCUGCACCCGUUCAAGUACUCGCUCGCCCGGCUGGGCCGCUCUUGGCUCAGCGGUCUGCAAGAGAGCGGCACGCCGAUAGUGGUUGGGACCCUGCUGGUGCCAGUGUGGUGUGUGAACUACGGGGUGGAGGCGAUGGGAGCACUGGUUUUAAAUCGGUUGAACGUGCUGCUGGCUAUUGGUGCUGGUGGACCGCUGCUUUAUUUCUUAUAUCUGUUUUGGAGCGUUAUCGGCAUGCAGGUCAUCCUCAGCUAUGUGUGUGACAUCAUCUGUUUCGGCCUGGAUUGCUUUAACGCUGUGUGGGUUGGGACAUUAGUUGUGGGUUAUGUAUUGGCUGUGGCAUUUAAGUGGACGCCCGGUAUGGAAGGUGUCCUGCGCACCAUGUCUGUGCCCGUAUGGACAACUCUCAUUUUUUACCUGGUGUCUCUGACUGGGUCGUGGCGAGUGCCUGUGUUUGUGGUGGUGGUUUUACUGCUAAUAGUGGGCAUGCAGGAGAAGCCUGCUGUACCAGGGAAAGGUGAACUUUCAGGUCAAGUUCUGUCCUUUGCUGCUAAUACAAUCUACAUGGCUAUUUCCUGCAGUAACGUCUGCCAUGCCGCGACCAUACAGGAAGAGAAGAGCAGCACGGAACAAUCCAAAGAUUCAGCGUGUUCCUCUAAGGGGAUCUUCAGCGUUCCACCCUCCCGCCGUCGCAGCAGGCUAGACUUCAGAGGUCUCCAGCCCAAAGAGAAAGCUAGUGAUAUCUACUUUGUGCUUCUUGCAUGGGCUAUAAUGUUGGUGCUGAUCUGGCUCAACCUCUGGAUCUUACAGUUACUGCCAAUCCCUGUCGCUGUUUGGGUCCUGAAGAAGGUGGUUGUUCAUUUUGGGCUGAAGGAUUUCACAGGACGGACUUUGGUGAAAUGGUGGGCAUUCCUUGAGAAGUUUGUGAGUGACAGACGGGAGGCUCUGCUGCCCGGACCGAUCAAAGGCCUAGCUCAGUUCUUGCUACGGGUGGACACUAAGCUGUGGCAUUGGCUUAACAAGCAGAUGAUCGUGUGGUUGGAGCGUUCUUUGGAUAAGCUGAUCAGUAUUUUUAUUAUUUUUCUGCUGGUGACUGGCACACUGCUCAUGGCCCUGCUGCUCACAGCUAUGGUGCAUCAUGAGAGCGUUCAUAUCAUAGAGGUCACCAGUAACCUGAUCAAUGAGACCGUUUCUAACCACCCCGAAUGGGCCAACUGGCUCCCAGAGGCCCAGGUUGUUCAGAAGGCAUUGAACUCUGCAGCCACUAAUGUUUACCAGCAUGGCAGAGAAUGGAUCACACUUAAGCUUCAUAAAAUAUUAGGCGAUAAAGUGAACAACACAGCUGUGAUCGAGAAACAAGUUCUGGAGCUGUGGGAUCGUCUCUACCAGUCCUGGAUUGUAAAGAAUGUAACUCACACCGGACGACACCGCGGACACAAGCUGCAUUUAAACAGACAGAGCAGCUGGCUAGGGGACAUCCUCGACUGGCAGGACAUCGCCUCAUUCGUUCAAGAGAAUAUCGAGACGCUGCUCUCGAUAUUGGAGUCUUUGUGGGUGGUCAUGAGUCGAAAUGUUGGAUUGCUGAUAUCAACGACAACCACGCUGCUUACUGUACUGUUUCACAGCGGAACCGCACUGCUCAACUUUGCCCUCUCUCUGGUGAUUUUCCUGACCACACUGUUUUACCUUCUGAGCUCCAGUGGAGAAUACUAUAAACCUGUGAAGUGGGUCAUCAGCCUCACACCUCUGUCCCAACCUGGGCCUUCUUCAAAUGUUAUUGGCCAGUCUGUGGAGGAGGCCAUCAGGGGUGUGUUUGAUGCCUCUCUGAAGAUGGCUGGAUUCUAUGGCCUUUACACUUGGCUUACGCACACAAUAUUUGGCAUCAACAUUGUGUUCAUCCCCUCAGCGAUGGCGGCUAUCCUCGGUGCCGUGCCGUUUUUGGGGACGUACUGGGCGGCUCUUCCUGCAGUGCUGGAUUUGUGGUUGGCUCAGGGGGAGGGAGUCAAAGCUCUUCUGCUGCUUCUCUGCCAUCUGCUGCCUACGUACUUUGUUGACACUGCCAUAUACUCUGACAUAUCGGGAGGUGGACACCCGUAUCUGACAGGUCUCGCUGUAGCGGGUGGAGCGUACUAUUUGGGUAUAGAGGGGGCCAUCAUUGGGCCUAUUCUGCUGUGUAUCUUGGUGGUAGCGUCCAACAUCUACAGCUCCAUGUUGAUGAGCCCUAGCAGCACCCAGCAGACUCCAGUGCAGAGCAACUUCCCCGUACAUCAGGGCCGGUCAUUCAUGGAAACUCCAGCGCAGCUGAAAAGAUGUCCCGAGUGAGAGAAAUCUGACCAGCGUUUGUCUGUGGAAUCCCACGGUGCACUGCAAGACUAUGAAAAGGGGCGGGGCUUCUUACCCUUAAAAAUGGUGUCCAGCACUUCCUGUUAGGUCAAACGUAUCACCACAAUCUCUGCUAAUGUGGCUCAUGUAGCACAUGGCAGUAUGAUGCCCCCCAAUGUCGACCUAUGUGCUACACUUAACGCAUUUAGCACUGUGGCGCUAAAUUUGAGAAAUUCUUCGAGACCAGGCGCAUUUAGUUAACACACCUGUGCUUUGUGUGGCACUGUACUGGUGAAUUAAUGCCAUUGCUACCUUCAGUUUGCACACUAACGAUGUUACACGUUUACAUUGUGCUUUACUGUAAAACUAGCUUAUCAAACACGUUUUCCGACUGUAGUUCACAGACGUUCACAACCUGUUUAUCUGGUUGUACGGAUGAUUCAUCCCAUAUUGUGGAUUUGUUUGGCACUGUUGAUCAUGUAAACGGCUACGUUUGCGUGAGUGAAAGACUGGGUUAAUGUCAGGUUUCAUGUUGUUUGCUUAUGUUUAGCACUUUUUUCACACCGAAGGCCGCCUUAGUAUAACCGAUUUAUAGACAGCCUGCAAAGUGUAGUUUGAAUCUUUAACAUUCACAGCUGCCUGUAAUAGACCAUAACACAUCGGUUUUGGAGGUUCAUGUUUGUUUGGUGUUAAGAAGAAUUCAGUUCGACUGAAAUACAGUGUAUCUGGCAGGAUUUAGGAACAGUUGCUUGUACAAAUAUCCAAGUCUAAAGUUCACGUGCUACUUAUUAUGCUGAACUAUAACAAAAACUCAAAUCUUGAAUGAUAUCAUUAUCAAAUAGUCAAUAGUGUAAAAGUUUGUGUUACGCACACCUCCAUAUUUGUCAUGCAUAUGCCUUGUGUGUUAUGUUUGUGUUUACCUCAAGAGUCUUUAUUUUACUUUUCUCAGUAUCUAUUGGUAAAGCACGGGUAGGAAGUACACUGUAAUAAUGAUUAAGUACUUACGUACAUCACAUCCAUACCUAUGCAUUUCUUUAUCUGAUUUGUUUUAUUAACUUAUAUUUAACAUUUCCUUUUGGACUUCUUUAUUUAGCCCAAAGAUAAGUCGUAUCAGGUCUGGUAACUUCCUGUUGAAGCAGAGGUUUAGAUAUACUUUGUUAUACUUGUUCAAGGUCAUUCUUUGUGUAAACAGGACUGUUUGCUUUAUGUGUGGUUAAGUGCUUAAAGGUUAGAAAGACACACAGGAGCUGAAGACAGAAUGACCAAAUGCUGCUGGUGUUAAGAAGUGUUUCGCUUUUUGACUGGAUCACGUUUUGAUGCAGUGCACUGAAUGGGUAGCAGUAUAAAACAAAAUAUUUAUCAAUAUUGCACAAUAUUUUUUGUCUUAACUUGACAAGGUUCUUUAUAACAAUGCUUUUUUACACAUGAAGUCAAUUAUGAGUGGUGGUGGAUGCACUUUGUUUGAGGUUACCAUUUGGUUUAUGCCAAAUAAGAGAAAGUAGUUUAUACAGUAGUUAACUGUUGUGAUGGCUAGGUACAGGUUAGUCACAAGAUAUUUUAAAUAACAUUUUAAUUUAGUAAAAGCUGUGAAAUGCAGAAAUCGACGACUUUGUUUUGUUGUUCUGUUGAGUGUUGUUUUGUUUCUAAAUACGCAGCGCUAUUAAAU